GCAGUGAAAUAAAAUGGUCCAGAGAUUUCUAGGGCAGAAACACCACCCCAAAUCAUGCCUCCAAACCAGAAAUUGAACCUAAAAUCAUCUCAAUUACAUGUUCUAACUCUACCAAUGUCCGAUGAUGAUGAUGAUUUUGAAAACCCUAGCCAACUAAUUUCUCUUACCCAAAACCUUAAAUCUCAGAAACCCAAGAUUGUUUCCCAAUCAAAGAAGAAGAGGAAACCAAAAAGUCUCAAACUUGGGAAAGAGAACAUUAAAGUCAGUACAGUUGCAGAAAAGGGUUUCAUUUCUGAGGUAAGGGGUUCUAAUUUUGCUCAGUUAAAUCUGAUUGAGUUAACUAGUGAUGAAUUGAAAAUAGAUAAUACUCAGAUAGAUUCUUCCUUUCAAGUGAUUGAAUCGACUAGGGAUAGAUUGAUUGAAAGGAGCAAUGGUGGUAGUGGUGAAUUUGAAGGAGAUAGAUUGAUUGGAAGGGCCAGUGGUGGUGGUGGUGAAUUUGAAGGAGAUAGAUCGGUUGUGAGGGGCAGUGGUGGUGGAGAUAGAUUAGUUGGAAGGGGAAAUGGUGGUCGUGGUGGGGGUGCUGCUGCUGAAUUUGAAGGAGAUGGACUGGUUGAAAGGGGCAAUGGUGGUGGUGCUGUUGCUGCUGAAUUUGAAGGAGAUAGAUUAGUUGGAAGGGCCUAUGAAUUUGAAAGAGAUAGAUUAGUUGGAAAUCCCUGUGAAUUUGAAGGAGAUUACUCUUUGGAGGCAAUUGAAUCAACUGUGGAUAGUUUGGUUGAACGGGGCAAUGGUGGCUUUCGUGAAAAUGGUGUUUCAGAAAUGAAUGAUGAAUCGGAAGAGACCCAGGAAGAGUGCUCGUUGGGAGCGGUUGAGUCCACGUUGUUCGAGAAUUGUAGCUUCAAUGCUGAUGAUAAUGGGGGUUCAAGCGAAUUCAGUGGAGAACAAUCAGAGGAGGAUAUGAAGAAAAAAGGGUUUGAAUUGGAUGUGAAGAAGGGUUAUCUAUCAAAUUCAGUGGAGAGUAGGUUAUUAGCUUCUACGAGAACCUCGGGGACUAGUUAUAGUGUUCGUAACGAAGGUCACUUGGAUGAUAUAAGUGUAACUGAUUUUGAACUAGGGACACAGCUUAAUGUGUUAAUGGAGUUGUGUUCGGAGAUAGGUGAGGAGUUAAACGCGAAUGCGGGAGAACAAAUUGGGUCUGAUGGUGGUUUGGUUACGUGUCCUUUGUGUGGCACAGACAUUUCUGAUCUGAAUGAGGAAAUGCGAUUAGUUCAUUCCAAUGAGUGUCUUGAUAGAGAUGAAAUGCAAACGGUAGCUCCUCCAGUGGAUGAAGCAAGACCUGGAUCGACUCGGCAAGUUGUUGACACAUCUCGUGUUAUUGAGUGGCUCCGUGGACUUGGCUUAUCAAAAUAUGAAGAAGCAUUUGUUAAGGAAGAGGUUGACUGGGAAACACUGCAUUGGCUCACAGAAGAGGAUCUACUCAGUAUUGGAGUUACUGCACUUGGUCCAAGGAAAAAGAUUUUGCAUGCACUCAAUGAGUUGAGGAAAGAGAACCAACGCCUUGGUGGAAGGUAUGCGGAGUCUUCUAGAGUUAGCGUUGAGGAAAGCAAGAACUUACCUGGGAAUAAGCUAAUUACAGAGUUUUUUUCGGGUUCCGUUGCUGUUGAUAGGAGAAAAAAUUGCCCAGCCUCCAGUGGAAAGUCCAUGGUUGAAAAAACUAAUAAUAGUGGACGGUCUGUGGCAGCAAGGAGUAGCAAAGAUUCUGGUCGUAAAAGGGUUGUGUCGAGAGACCAUGGUAGGAAAACAAAAGUCAGAGACAUACCUUCAUGGUGUUCUGUACCAGGAACACCAUUUCGAGUGGAUGCUUUUCGGUAUCUAAGAGGAGAUUGUACACAUUGGUUUCUAACUCACUUUCAUAUGGACCAUUACCAGGGUCUUACAAAGAGCUUCUGCCAUGGGAAGAUUUAUUGCUCCUCAAUUACAGCACGGCUUGUAAAUAUGAAGAUUGGGGUUCCAUGGGAUAGAUUAGAAGUCUUACCGCUCAAUCAGAAGAUUAGCAUAGGUGGUGUUGAUGUGACAUGUUUGGACGCAAAUCACUGUCCAGGUUCUGUUAUCAUUCUCUUUGAACCAUCCAAUGGCAAGGCGGUUCUACAUACUGGCGAUUUUCGGUUUAGUGAGGAAAUGACAAACAUUUCUGUUUUGCAAUCGUGUCCAAUCAGCACGCUCAUCCUUGAUACCACUUAUUGCAACCCAGAGUAUGAUUUUCCAAAGCAGGAGGCUGUAAUUCAGUUUGUCAUCGAUGCCAUCCAAGCUGAAGCUUUUAACCCAAAAACGCUUUUUCUAAUUGGAAGCUAUACAAUUGGGAAGGAAAGGCUUUUCUUAGAGGUUGCUCGAUGUUUACGAAGGAAGGUACAUGUAGGUGCAGCAAAACUGCGUAUUCUUGAGUGCUUGGGGCUUUCUAAAGAAGACAUGCAGUGGUUUACAGUGAAUGAACACGAGAGUCAGAUUCACGUGGUUCCAAUGUGGACUAUCGCGAGCUUCAAGCGGAUGAAAUACAUAUCAAACCAAUACUCGAACCGUUACAAUCUGAUAGUUGCUUUUUCACCAACUGGGUGGACUUUCGGCAAAGGAAAGAAGAAAUCUACAGGGAGAAGGUUUAAGCAGGGUACCACUAUCAGGUAUGAAGUUCCAUAUAGUGAGCAUUCCAGUUUUACAGAGUUGAGAGAAUUUGUCAAGUUCAUUUCUCCGCAGCACAUAAUACCAAGCGUGAAUAACGACGGUCCUGAAUCCGCAGAUUCCAUGAAUGCUGUACUCAUUUCCUGAUCUUAUUAUGACUUGCAUUACCCCAAACGAAGAAAAAGUAGAAACCUCUCAUUUCUAACUUAUUUGUACCCACACAUAUAUCAUCUGCAGUAAAUCUGUAUUUCGUUGUUGUUACAUAGUGGUUCCUUUAUACACUCUGGAAAACAAAAACAAUUGUAUCAACAUGUUUGGGAGAUUAUUCGAAUCAAAUUCAUUUCUGUA